UAUGUAUAUACAUUUGGUAUUUUGACUGCGUAUAAAGAAAGCUUUCCGCUCCAACUCGAAACCCUAUCGGCGAUCUCCGGUAGGAUCAUGGACAGCUGGGAUCCGACAACGAAGUCGGUUUUGACGCAAAUUCCUCUGCUCUCGGUGAAGGCCGGGCCACGCGACGGCGCCGCCUGGACGCAGCGGCUCAAGGAGGAGUACAAGGCGUUGAUCGCCUACACCUCCAUGAACAAGUCCAAGGACAACGAUUGGUUCCGGAUCUCCGCCGCGAAUCCGGAGGGGACUCGAUGGACUGGAAAGUGUUGGUACGUCCACAAUUUACUCAAAUACGAGUUCGAUUUGCAGUUCGAUAUUCCCGUUACCUAUCCCGCCACCGCGCCGGAGCUCGAGUUGCCGCAGCUCGAUGGGAAGACACAGAAGAUGUAUAGAGGAGGGAAGAUAUGCUUGACGGUGCAUUUCAAGCCGCUGUGGGCGAAAAAUUGCCCUAGGUUCGGCAUAGCUCAUGCACUCUGUUUGGGACUGGCGCCAUGGCUUGCAGCUGAAAUCCCGAUUCUUGUGGAUUCGGGCAUGAUUAAGCACAAAGAUGAUACAGCAACAACCAGCGAAUCUGCGUGACCCAAAACAGUGUUUUGCCCCUCGCCCUAUUUAUAUUUAACUUUGAGCUGAACUACUGUUUUUACUUACAGAUUUCAUAAACAUCGAUGAACCUAAAUGCCCGAAUCUUGAGAUGUUAUUUAAUAUACAAUGGCUGACAGUUCUUUAGGAAAAAAAAAUUUCUCAUCUUUAGACGCA